AUGUUCCAAGUCAAAAUCUCGUCAUCCGUCUCAAUCAUGGCCAUCUUCCCAUUGACCAGAUACACAGCCCACAUGGGCGCGUCCGGUCUGACGCUCAACUUUCUCGUCGCAGGCAUUGCAACAUGUGCGUUUUGGCUUUUUGGCUACGACAUGAGCGUUAUGGGUGGUCUCAUUACCGAAGAGUCCUUCACGUCCGUUUUUCCUGAGAUGAAAGACGCCAACAUCCAGGGUAUCGUGAUCGCCUCUUUUGAACUUGGUGCUCUUGCCGGUGCCCUCGCGUGCUUGGACCUGGGCGAUCGCCUCGGUCGUCGGCUGACCGUUUGGUUCGGCAUGCUCUUCAUGUUGGUCGGCGGCACGCUACAGACCAGUGCCUGGGCGCUAUCUCAGCUGACGGUUGGUCGCGUCCUCAGCGGCAUCGGGCUCGGGUUACAGGUAGCCACGAUCCCCUCAUGGCAGUCUGAGUGUGCGAAAGCGCAUAGUCGCGGGCGUUGGGUCAUGAUUGAGGGUGGUCUACAGACAUUCGGCGUCGCCUGUGGCCAACUUGUUGGCUAUGGGUUUUUCUUUGUAAAGGGACAAGCACAAUGGCGUGCCCCCGUCGGCAUCCAGCUCAUUCCGGCCUUGAUCGUCUUUGUUUUCAUCAAUUUCCUUCCCGAGUCCCCUCGCUGGUUGAUCAAGCACGGUCUGGUUGAAGAGGGCGCGUACAACCUGUCCAAGCUCCGAAACCUGCCCCUCGACCACCCGGAGCUGAUGUUUGAACGCGAUGCCAUCAUUGCCUCUUUCGAAGCGCAGAGCGAACUCGCUCCGUUCUCCUAUAGAGAGAUGCUGCGCAACGGGAAGACCAAGAUGUUCCAUCGCGUCGCCAUUGGAUUCUUCAUGCAAUCUGCGCAGCAAUUGUCCGGAAUCAACUUGGUCUCGACAUACGCCAACAAGAUUCUGCAGGAGUCAUUCGGCCUCGCGGCCAGCACAUCCCACCUCAUCGCUGCCAUGGGAGGGCUGGAGUAUGCCGUAUGCUCGCUUCUGUCCGUUUUCCUCAUCGAAGGUCUUGGACGCCGUCGCGCCUUUCUGUGGACUACCGUCGGCAUGUCCAGCUGCUUUGCUGUGAUCGCCGGGCUUCAAAGCACGGAUUCGCGCACCUGUCAACUGACCGCUGCUGGAUUCCUGUUUCUCUUCAAUACCUUCUUUGGCCUGGCCUGGGUGGGAGGACCCUUUCUGUACAGCGCCGAGAUUGCGCCGCUGCGAUGCCGCGCCCAGGCCAACGCCUUUGCCAGCGCUGGCAACUGGUUGUUUUGCUUUGUGGUGGUCAUGAUCAUCCCCCCUGCUUUCCAGAACAUCGGCUGGAAGACGGACGUCAUCUUCGCUGCGGGUGGUGACCCAGUCGAAAAGGAGAAGACGAUGCCGUACAAUAUACCUAUUGAGGAGGCCCGGAGGAUCCUUGGUCUUGCUGAGAGCCCCAGUAUUGCUGAAGUUUUAUAUCACGACGCGAAGCCGUCUGUUUGA